AUGUGCCUGGUCCCGUCAGCUCGUUGGCCGCCAAGCUAUCGACCUAGGUUUAGUAGUUCAUGCCGACGGUAUCUUAGACGUCGCGUUAUCAAGCAUCAUCAACAGCGAAGUCUCAGUCACCGCAAGAUGUAUCUGAGUCAAAAGCAUCUGAGGCAACCGAAGCCGGCGGCGUACGAACUUCCGCAGUGCAGACGACAUAUUGGAGACGUACAAGUGUGCUUCCGUUCAUGCACGUGCCGGAGAAGAGAGAAGGAAAACCGUGCCCGCGACCAGUCCUGCCACCUCUAUCCGUACCUCUGCCUGACGAUGCUGACCAUUCGCUCGCAGCAGCAGACUCGCACCGCUCAUGCCACUGCUGAAAACCUGGCCCUUGACCCGAUUUCUACUGGGCAAUUCAGAUGUGGCUCCCAAAAAGUUGCCCACCGAUGCCCACAAUGGACACUAGUAAUGCAUGCACCUCACAGACCAACCGCCCGCUCUCACUCUCAUCACCAAGUCGGAUCCCUCGCCCAGCAAGGUGCUGACCGAACCUGUAGAUGCCGUGAUGCCUGCCAGAACGGCUGGGGUCGGGAGGUCCACGUUUACACAGUUCGUGCCUUGCGCUUGUCUGCCACUCUCUGCAGAGUGCAGACUCUCGAUCUCCUUGUGCCUGAGGCAUCACCUAGGUACAGAAGAAUCCAGACAUGGGAUGACGAUUGGGAGCCGCUAAGGCAGUACCGGAACGACACCCCACUCGGCGCCGGCCGCUUCGCCCAAUCGGAGGUAUCCAGGCGGUACCCACCAAGGACUAACGCCCACAUUCUCCAACCACCGCUCGGCCUUUCGACCCCUCCAUCUCUUCUCCAAACCGCCGUUUUCACCUUGCCCGAGCCACCCCCGAACCUCUCUCGGUGGUGGUUGGUUGUCGGAUUUCUAUUGAUUCAGUAA